UCUCCGUACACUGACGAUCUCACUGGUUUUGUUGUUCGCUGACCAUUUUCAAGGCAAGUUAUUCUACUUAUCUAUUUAUUGUUUUAUAGCUAGCUAGCUAUUAGGUAGCUACCGUUAAUGCAUUUAAGUUUUCUUAAGUUGUGAUUGGCUAAAAAUCAAUACCCUGCAAAAGCCAAAAUGCUCACGCUAGUCUUCAUCUUCAUAUCUUCCUCAACACCAUUGCUCAACAUGGCGUUUAGUUCAGUGAGAGAAGAUGUUUUGAAAUUAUUUCAAGACGAAGAUUUGCAGAAAUUGUUUGAAAUAUUUAAUAUUUAUUCUGAGAAAUGGAUAAAUUCAAAUAAAAAUGUGUUUUUACUUUAUGCUGUACUUUCUUGUGGAGAAAUUGGUGUGAAUGAAGAUGCUUUGAAAUAUCUUCCUGCAUCAGUUUCUUCCAAGAAUUGUGUUGCAUUGAGGUCCGAAUCAUCUGGAAAUUGCUUGUUUAGCUCCAUAUCCUUAUGUCUGGUAGGUGAUAAUAGUUUGACGCAACAGUUAAGGCUACUUGCUUGCAUUGAACUUUUUGUCAAUUCUGAGUAUUAUAGUUCUCACCCCAAUUUAUUUGUUGACAAAUAUCCAUCUUUAAGUCCAUCAAAUAUUUUAGCAAUGUCAGUAUCUCAUGCCGCUGUUGAUACUAAUUUUAAGGCUGCUGAACUUGUCAAAGCUGAGGCUACUUUUUGUUUGAAAAACAUGAACCAGUGGUCUGGUUUUCUCUUUGUUUUGUCAUUGUCUUCUAUAAUUCGCAGAAAUAUUAUGUGUUAUUAUCCUGAUUGUGGUCCUCUCAAAUACAAAAAAAUAUUCAAUAAAAAGGUUUUUCCACGUGUGCCAAAGGUUGAUGAAACUUGCUUCCAUAUUUUGUUUUGUUAUGAAGGUCAUCUCAUUUCAGAUCUUACUUUUAAACAUAAUCACUAUGUGCCACUUUUAUUUACUUCUAAGGAAUUAAUUUAUAAGCCUCUAUUUAAGAAGAAAUGUAUGUCUACCAAUGUUUCUGGAUUCUUUCAAAAGAAAAUUGAUUUUAAACCUGUCACCAAGAAUAAGCUUAUUUUACCAAAGGUAUCUCUUCCUCACCAAUUGCCUACAUCAAGUCAGGAUCCCCAAGCAAUAAUAAAAGGUACUAAUAAUACACCUUCAAGCAACAUUUCAAAUCCUUCUACUUCUUCUGUAUCUAAUGUUUUUAGUAAUCUUUUACAAAAUAGUACUAGCCAUGAACCUAAUUUUUUUCCAAACAAUAAUAAAUCAGUCAUAACAUCAAAAAUAGUUGAUUCCCUUCCACAAAAUUUUGAUGUAACUGAUGUUUUAUUUGAUAUAGAUGAUAUUAUUUUAAUUGUUAUGUAUAUUUGUUGCAAAGGUUGGUAUUAUAUUAUACUAUUGGUAUUCUUAAAAAAUUAAUUUAAUAGAAAAUAUGUUUAUCAAAAUUAUUAAAACACUUAUAUUAAUACUACUUUAUCACUUUGAUUGUUAACAUAUUUCGUGUUCCAUUUCCAUUUUUUUAGUCCAUAGUUUAUUUUCAUUUAAUUGACAACUGUCAAGAAAUAGUAGAACAUAGUUGCAGGGACUAUGGGGUUACUCAGUUGUCAUUUUAUCCUGCAUUCAUUUUUAUUCAUAUCAAACCAUUUCAUUCCAAUAUUCAUUAUCAUUUAAUUGGCAACUGUCAAGAAAUAGUAGAACAUAGUUGCAGGGACUAUGGGGUUACUCAGUUGUCAUUUUAUCCUACAUUCAUUUUAAUUUAUAUAAAACCAUUUCAUUCCAAUAUUCAUUAUCAUUUAAUUGACAACUGUCAAGAAAUAGUAGAACAUAG